UCAGGAUACCGGAAUCAAAAUGAGAUAGAGACUCUUCAACAAGUUGGAUUAAGAGACCUUUUUCAUGAAGACCUUGUGUGCUGGCCAAUAUGGGAACAAAUUAUGAGUAAGUUAACCAGAAAUCAAGACUUGAUAAUAAAUCUACAAGGCAAGAGGUCUGAUUUGCCAAUUCAAGGCGAUUCCUUCUGCCAGUUGUGGGCAACAGAAUCUACUCAGGUUUCUGAAGAUGAGAACUAUGUAAUAAAGGUUAAAGGGGAAGUUCAAAGUGCCAAUAGUAUAAAAAAUCAAGAUUUUCCAAGUAAGACCGCCUGGGAUCUCUGGAGAGAGUCACAGAAUUAUCAGAGUAGGUGUCAGCAGUUUGAUGGGAAAUGUAAACUGUGUAAGUGUGAUGGUUGUGAUAUUAAAAAGACCUCUCAUGACCAUGAUGAUGAUCAGGAAGUACAUAAAGGUGAGAAGUCAUGUAGCCACAAGAAUUGUGGAAAAUGUUUCAUGAAGACAUCAUUUCAGCAUAAUGGAGUUCAUGCAGGAGAGCAGAAUUCCCAUGAGAAUGGACAAGGCUUCAGUUUUGGCCCCAGUCUUGAACUUCAUCAGCAGUUACACCUAGGAGCAAAAUCUCAUAUGUGUAGUGAGUGUGGGGAUGGCAUCAGUUAUAGCUCGCUGCUUUGCACUCAUCAAAGUGUUCUCACAGAAGAGAAAUUCAGUAGGAAUGGUGAGUGUGGUGAAGACUUCUGUCAAAGCUUACAUCUGCAAAUUCAUCAGAGAAUCAACACAGGAGAGAAGCCCUACAAAUGUGCUGUGUGUGGGAAAGGCUGCAUGUGUAGCUCAUAUCUUCAUGGUCAUCAGAGGUUCCACUCUGGAGAGAAACCCUACAAAUGUGCUGUGUGUGGGAAAGGCUUCAGUCGGAGUUCACAUCUUCAAGUUCAUCACCGAGUCCACACUAGAGAGAAACCCUACAAAUGUGCUGUGUGUGGAAAGGGCUUUAGACUGAGUUCACAGCUUCAUGCCCAUCAGCGAAUCCACACUGUAGAGAAGCCAUACAAAUGUGAGGUAUGUGGUACGGGCUUUACUCAUAGUUCACAUCUUCAAGAACAUCAACAAGUCCACACUGGAGACAAACCCUACAGAUGUUCUGUGUGUAGUAAGAGUUUUAGUCAGACCUCAAGUCUUCAAGCCCAUCAGCGAAUCCACACGGGAGAGAAACCCUACAAAUGCACUGUGUGUGGUAAGAGCUUUAGUCAGAAAUCACAUUUGCAAGUUCAUCAGCGAGUCCACACUGGAGAG